CUCGAGAAACAGCUGCCUUUGGCUAGAAAUGCCAUGCGAAUCAUUUGGUGCUGUAUUUUCAUAUUCUGUGUACCUACGCACAGCUCAAUCAGCUCAGAGAUCUCAUGUGUCUCAAUGGUGCAGCGGCAAGCACUAGCUGUGGUUCCAGGCGGACGAAAGCCAAGACCCUGGGAAGUGAACAACUACAUAAUUGCAAAUUAUCACAAAGCUGGCGCAUUCCUAUCAGACAGCUUGACCAGGACCAUUCUUGAGAUUCUUGGCGCUCCAAAGGAAGUUUUUGGUCAUGUUGAGUAUCCGUGUUACAGCUCCGGGAGCGACAGCUUCUUGCAUCUUUGCCACAACAUGGAAGCACCCUUUUUGGUCUACACUGACGCCUUCAAUGCCUCUGUUGAAUCUGCAGAGCGCUUGAAAUCUGGAAGCAAAAAGCUGCUGGUGGCAGGUUUCGUGAGGGAUCCUUUAGAGAUGGUGGCAUCGGCUUAUUGCUACCAUCAUGCCGGUGAAGAGCUUGGCAACCAAAUGUUUCCCGUGAAAGAAAUCAUGCAAAUGGGUCCUGAAGAAGGCACUCAGGUGACAGCCACAGCUCUUUUGCCCUUGGCGGAAUGGAUGACCAGUGUGUUUGAAGACCCAGAUGAUGACACGCUUCGGUUGGAUUUCGAGGAUCUAACCAAGUCUUCUGCUAGAUUUGAUUCUGGAGUCCAGCGUUUGCUGAAUCAUUUCUUUGGUACCGGGACGGAUCUGAUCUCAAAGCAGGAACGCUUUCUGAUUGCUGAAAAAGCCAAGGUGUACGAUGCAAAUCGGAAUCCAGAAACUACGAGUGUAUACAUUAACUCUACCUUUCCAAGUGUCGAGCACAGCAGCGACCCUGUCUGCAAGAAAGCCGCGCAUUCAGCUUUGCAUAAAUCCUUGAACCCUGCACUCUUCGCGAGGUACCAGGAUCUACAGCGUCGCCUGGGCUACGCGGCUACCCAGUCUUAGAAGAAAGCGCCGUUCCGUGGACACGCCAUGAAUCAAAGUGGCAGGAACUGGUUGGUGGUGACUGGAACCAUGGACUUUUAUGACUUUCCUGGGUAAAAAAGACCUGGGUAAACCACUAUUAAGCAUCAUUAACCCUAGAAAAAUC